AAUUCUUUGUGUGGGCAGUAAAAACCGGACCUCUACUCCUUGUUUCUCUCACACAGCUCCUCUUCUAUUCUGAAUUCAUCCCACCGCCGACGGGCAUAGAAAGGCCACGAGGAUAAGAUGGCAGAAGAUGAUGUCUAUACAAAUGAUGGGACCGUGGAUAUCAGAAAUAAGCCUGCUAAUAAGAAGAAAACUGGAAAUUGGAAGGCUUGCAGCUUUAUUCUUGGAAAUGAAUGUUGUGAAAGGUUGGCAUACUAUGGGAUGGGGACCAACCUGGUCAACUAUAUCCAAGACCGUCUUAAUCAGGGAAAUGUUGCUGCAGCAAACAGUGUGACAAAUUGGUCGGGAACCUGCUACAUUACACCAUUGAUUGGAGCCUUUCUAGCCGAUGCAUAUUUGGGAAGAUAUUGGACAAUUGCUUCUUUCUCAAUCAUCUAUGUCUUGGGCAUGACUCUUCUAACAUUGUCUGCUUCAGUAACUGGACUAAAGCCACACUGCAUUGGGCACGAUUGCCAUGCAACAGCAUCACAGACUGCAGUGUGCUUUGUAGCACUUUACAUGAUUGCUCUUGGGACUGGAGGAAUCAAACCUUGUGUCUCGUCCUUUGGGGCUGAUCAGUUUGAUGAAACUGAUGAGGCUGAGAGGAGGAAGAAGAGUUCUUUCUUUAACUGGUUUUACUUUUCUAUCAACAUCGGAGCACUUAUUGCGUCCUCUGUUCUAGUCUGGAUACAGAUGAAUGUGGGCUGGGGCUGGGGGUUCGGGAUACCAGCAGUUGCAAUGGCCAUUGCUGUUGUAUUCUUCUUUUCUGGUAGCAAUUUGUAUCGCCUUCAAAAACCUGGAGGGAGCCCACUUACCAGGAUUUGCCAGGUUAUGAUUGCAUCCUUUAGAAAAGUUAAUGUGAAAGUUCCUGCAGAUAAGUCUCUUCUUUAUGAGACUGCUGACAAGGAAUGCAAUAUUCAAGGGAGCCGCAAGCUUGAGCAUACUGAUAAGUUGGUGUUCUUUGACAAGGCUGCUGUGGAGACAGAAAAAGACCAGGUUAAGGGCAGUGUAGAUCCAUGGAAACUUUGCACAGUAACUCAAGUUGAGGAGCUCAAGUCCAUUAUCAGGUUACUCCCAAUAUGGGCAUCUGGCAUUGUGUUUUCUACUGUCUAUGGCCAAAUGAGCACCAUGUUUGUUUUACAAGGCAACACAAUGGAUCAACACAUGGGUCCGCACUUCAAGAUUCCAUCGGCAUCCCUAUCCCUUUUUGACACUCUCAGUGUUAUCUUCUGGGCUCCUGUGUAUGACAAAUUAAUUGUCCCUUAUGCAAGGAAGUUCACAGGUGUGGAACGAGGCUUCACCCAGCUCCAACGCAUGGGAAUUGGCCUUGUGAUAUCCAUUUUCUCCAUGCUCACUGCUGGAAUCCUGGAGGUUGUCCGGCUUAAUAUUGUCAAGAGGAACAAUUACUAUGACCUAGAGUACAUCCCCAUGUCAAUUUUCUGGCAAGUCCCGCAGUAUUUCCUCAUCGGAUGUGCAGAAGUUUUCACCUUCAUUGGGCAGUUGGAGUUUUUCUAUGACCAGGCACCUGAUGCCAUGAGAAGUAUGUGCUCUGCGCUCUCCCUAACAACUGUUGCAUUGGGUAACUACUUGAGCACUCUGCUUGUUACCAUUGUGACUAAAGUUACUACAAGGCAUGGGAAGCUUGGCUGGAUUCCGGAUAACCUGAACAGAGGCCAUCUUGACUACUUUUACUGGGUCCUGGCUAUCCUUAGUUUGAUUAACUUUGUUGUCUAUCUGUGGAUCUCGAAGUGGUAUACCUACAAGAAGGCAACUGGUCAUGCCCAUUGAUGCAAGCCAUUGAAAUCUGUCUCUAGUUUGGUACUUUGUGGUUUGUGUUUUUAUUUUUUUCUUGAUUUGGUUUGGUUGGAUUUCUAGUACUUGCUGAACAAAGUAUUUCGUAAAUAAAAAAAAAUGUUUUAU